CAUAAUCGCAAUAUAUGAAUAUCGACGUUGCAUUUAGAAUUUAGAGAUGGCAGGUUAUUUUAAUUUGCUACCAUCCGAAAUAUCUGGAUUGGUUAUUGGCUUUUUAAGAGACAGUGACUGUAUCGGUGCAGCAGAAGCUUUCUUGCAAGAAUGUGCUCAUCUAUCGGAAUUUCGUUCUCAUUAUUCAUCAGUGAAAGAGAUACCUGUAUAUUUCAGAGAGCUAACUCUAUUAGAUAUUCUGCGCGAUUAUGUAAAUAUUGUGAACGAGGUUGUGCCUCAUUUAAAAAAGAUCAACUUACCAUGUCACCUUGGUAAAUUAGCUGAUUCUGUAGCUAAACUUCUACGAUAUUUUGUCCGACAAAAACCAUCUUAUCCUACUGGACAUCCUGAAUGGAUGCCAGUUGGAAGGUCUUUUGUCCAUCCGCGUAUUGAAUCCGCCAAUCCAACUUUAUCAGAUAUUCAACCUCUAACUACUGUUAAUCCUACUACAAAUACGGCAACAACAACAUUACUACUCGAUAAAAUAACUACAUCAAACUGUAUUGGUCAUCAGGCACAAAGUGUGUCUGAAUCAUCACAGGACGACGAGCAGACAGCAGAGAAUAAGUCUCUAUCGACCACUAAUCCCCCUUCAGCAUCAUCAUCAUUUUCAGUCUCUUCUAUUCCUUCUGUACAAAUGCCUGCAUCAUCUACUGAACAUGCUGCUGUCAAUUAUACAGAUAUUCCGCCAUCAGAAACCAAUGAAAUCAUGCGUGAGAAUUAUUCAUCACAAAUAUGUUCACUGCAGUCAAGUGAUGACGUUAACAAUCUGAUUUCUAAUGAUGAUAAUAACAACAAUUCUAUAUUCUAUGUCUAUCCACAUCUACCACAAACAACAUCAGGUGACUGUGUAGUAAAGUCUCCCGAAUUAUUAUCUCAAGGCAAUAUUGACAAUCAAAAUGUCAACAGUAAAUGCGUUUCUACUAAACGAAAACGAAGUCAACCACCACGUCACUUGGUAUCAUCGCCUUCAGUUGGGAAUGCAACAAUGAGUGGCUUGGUCACUAACUGUGAAGAAGACGAAGAAUUAGAUAUGGAGCAAUUCCUGGCUGCGCUAUUCGAAAAUGCUGAAGAAGUAGCUACGCGUAUCAACACAGAAGUCGUCGUACCAAAUCGUUACUGUGAUGGUGAUGAUGAUAUUGACACAACCACGUCUGCUGUUACUGCUGCUGCUGCUUCAAAUAAUAAUAAUAAUGUAGUAUGGAAAUGUGUCAAGGAGGAUCCUUUCAACUAUGAAGGGAACAAUGACAAUGACAAAUCUAUAGAGACUUGCGAUACAAUUCUAAAAAAUGCACACCACUCUCCUAAUAAUGAUGCUUGUACAACACAAUCAUCGGAUAAUUUACAAAUAUGGAAUGAAUGGUUUGGCGUAAAAGGUGAUUUAGACACGUGUAUUGAUCGUUUGUUGUCAGACUUUGAAUCGAGUGAACUUACCAGUACUAGUACCAGUACCACUAACAUUCCUGCUACCAUACCGGCAACUGAUAUCACGACUAACAUUACUACGUCUACUGCUGCUGCUGCUGCUGAUACUACUGUUGUCAACUUUGAGAAUUAUCACGAUGUAUACAUGGUAGAUAUUGAUGAUCCUUUAUAUGAAUCAGCCAUAAAAAUGUUGAAGGUAUCAAGGAGUGUAAUUUCGAAUCCCUGUGUCUCACAAUCCUUAUCGAUUCCAAUGACAUCCUCUUCCUCCUCCUCCUCUUCUUCUCCUUCUUCUUCUCUGAUCUGUGUAUCUCCUGUUACCGUGAGCAGAACAACAACAACAACGACAACAGCACUACCAAUAACACUAACGACAAGAACGCCAUGUGAUGAAUCUCAUGUCAAUUCACCAAUGACGUCACCUUCUACACGAUUGCGUAAGAGAAACAAGAAUAUCAAUGAAAAUGAUCGAUCUAUUACAUUAGAAAAUAAUAAUAAUAAUAACAAUGCAAGCAUGACGUCAACAUCGAUCACAGAUAGUCAACAGACCACUACUACUCAUCAACCAGUAACAAUCACAUCCUCAGGAGUUUGUUCAGACCAACUCGGUGGUAUCAGGAAUACUUUCACCAUCUUAUCGUCUGUGCUGAAUACACCGGAUUCAAACAAAGCUUACAAUAGAAAUGAGUAUGAAAUUCAUAAUAGCAAUAAUAACACGACUACUACUAAUAAUAAUGAGAGGUUAUUUCCUCAAAGUCCAUCACCAAGUGGUGUACUACUGAACAAGAAUACAGCGGAUACUACUUUAACUGUAACUACGAAUAUGCCAUCAGUUCAACAGUAUCAAUAUCAUCAUCAUCAUCUAUCAAACGAUUCAUCAGUAUGUUAUUAUUCUACUCCACAGAAUGCUCAAGCACUAAUUACUAGUCAGUCUACAAGUACUAGUAUGGCUACUGCCUUUUUGGCCAAUAAUCCUUAUCCAGCUAUUGAUCUCACUCGAUCCUCAGAUAAUACUACUACUAUCGCCACGAUUGCGACAGAAAAUACUACUUCGACAGAGGGUGCUAGCACUGUUACUACCAUCAAUAGCCGACUAAUUUCUGCCGUCCCAUCAUCUGUUGUUGGUGGUGGCGAUGGUGUUCACUGUGUGAACACUUCUCAAAACCAUCGUGAACAACAUUCAAAAACCUCAGAGAUAUCCACGGAUGCUAAAGAGAAUCAACCACCACAACCAGUUCUUACCAUUCAUCAAAGUACUACUGGUGGACGGAAAAAGCAUAAAUAUCCUAAAUUUACAAUCAUUGGACGUUGA